AUGGCGCACCAGUUCUGGUUUUCCUACCCGCCCCCCACGAGCGGCUCCAGCCGCUCGCAGACCGACGAGGAGAAGAAGGAGAAGAAGGAGGCCGCCGAGGCGCUCGCCCGGGCCGAGCACUUCCAGCAGCAGGCAACGCCGCCCCCGCGCAGUGGCUACCGAUCUGCCGCAGUCGCGUACGAGGCUCGUGACGGCGCCCCUGCAUCAAAGAGACCGCCGCCGUGUUUCAAGGGGACGGGCUACUGGAGACUGGCGCUGCCGGGCGCCGAUCGCCAGCCUGGACUGCAUGGAGGAGUUCGGCACGGGGGCGGUGCUCGGGUCGGGCGCUUCCGACCCGUCGGCGCCCGCGGCCAACACCAAGGAGGCGCUGCUGACGGGGGCCAGUCGGGCGGGCAGCUGGGCGAGCACGCGGUGGCGCGCCAGACGACGGUGACGCCGGGGCUGCGCUACCGCAACCUCGGCAAGAGCGGCCUGCGCGUCUCCAACGUGGGGCUCGGCACCUGGGUGACGUUCAGCUCCGGCGUCACGGAGGAGGCGGCAGAGCAGAUCGUGCUGCUCGCCUACGACUCGGGCAUCAACGUGUUCGACCUGUCCGAGGCGUACAGCGGGCCGCGCGCCGAGCUGGAGCUGGGACGCAUCCUCCAGCGGCACGGCUGGAAGCGCUCCUCCUACAUCGUCACCACCAAGAUCUACUGGAACACCAAGUCUGACGAGCGCGGCCUGUCCCGGAAGCACGUGAUCGAGUCCGUGAAGGCGUCUCUGCAGCGCCUGCAGCUCACCUACAUAGACGUCGUCAUCGUGCACAAGGCCGACCCCAUGUGCCCCAUGGAAGAGGUGGUGCGCGCCAUGAACCACGUGAUCAGCCAGGGCUGGGCCAUGUACUGGGGGACGGCGCGCUGGACGCCCGUCGAGGUCAUGGAGGCCUACACCAACUGCCGGCAGUUCAACUGCGUCACGCCCAUCUGCGAGCAGGCGGAGUACCACAUGUUCUGCCGCGACAAGACCGAGCUCUACAUGCCGGAGCUCUACAACAAGAUAGGGGUGGGCCUGAUGGCGUGGUCCCCUCUCACCAUGGGCCUGGUGUCCGGCAAGGUGGACGACAGCGGCAUGCCUCUCUUCACUAGGCCCUCCUUCAAGAACAAGUACUCCUCCUUCAGCUGGACAGAGGACGAGACGCAGAAAGAGGGCUUCACGUGGGUCAAGGACCGCAGUGGAGGCGGCGGGGGCGGAGGCGGGGGCGGAGGCGACGACACGCCCCGCGAGCCCGCCCCACCGGCGCGGCGGCCGCAGCAGGAGAAGGUGCGGGACGUGGCGCAGCUGGCGGAGCGGCUGGGCUGCUCGGUGCAGCAGCUGGCCAUCGCGUGGGGGCUCAAGAACGAGAGCGUCCAGUGCCUGCUGCUGGGCGCCGCCUCCGCCGACCAGCUCUACGAGAGCAUACAGUCCCUCCAGCUGGUGCCAAAGCUGACGAGCAGCACAAUGGCAGAGUUGGAGCGCAUCCUGGACAACAAGCCAGCGAGGCCACCCAUGGUGUCCACCCUGGCGCUUAGAUGACAAUCAAUGUGCCCCCCCGGGGGACCCGGAGGGGGCGCUGAUGGCUCGCCCAAGGACGAGGACGCCGACCAUCAGCAACUCAGCAGUCAGGCUCAGAAGCUGCCCUUCUGCACCAUCCAGUGACCUCGGCUGACUCAGGAUGGCGGGGUGGGCGACCUGCUUCCGGUGCUCGCCGGCCCCGCCUCCGCCUCCGCCCCCGGCUACUCCUCCGUGCUGGGGGCUUCAGACCCUAGCGCCACCUACGGGGCCUACCAGUACCAGCACCAGCCCUACCACCACCACGGGUCCACCUCGUCGGCACCUGCCGGCUGCUGCGGAGGUGGAGUGGGAGGCGGCAGUGGCCGUGUCGGGGGUGGCUGCACCAGUGGCGCAGCUGACGACGACGAGGACGAGACACUCCCGCUGCUCUUUUCGUCACUGUCCACUGACGCGGCCGUCGCAGCUGCUGCGGAGAGCUACGGUGCCUGCCUCAACGAGAGCUGGUGGGAAGAGAACAAUUGAGCAGCGCGGCUGACCGCCACCACACCGGCUACUCGGCUGUGGGUACUGUGAGACCUCGAGUGUGCCUUGAUUGAUCAUUGGGGGCCGAACUCUUGGUCCCAGCCUCCAUCACAUCAGCCACCCGGCUGUGGUUGUGUUCCCACAGAACUGUACAUGAUCUGGAGUGGAGUGCCUUGAUUGAUCAUUGGAGACCAGAUUCAUGGUCGUGACCUAUCCUCCUCUUGUGAAGCACUGUUUGGUGCUUGUGAAUGUGUCUCCAUAUCUAGCCAACCUUCUUUAAUGGACAACUGUGAUACCAUUGUGGAAAGCCUAUAAACAUUAACCUUUUGUGCCAGCGACCGAGAAGUGCUGCGUCACGUUCAAUCGCUGGAGGUGACAGAAUGUUCGCACCGUUAGUUCCUCGGAGGACAAGUGCACUCACUUACCUCAGCACUGUAUAUAUGCCUACAAAUUUACCUGAUUUGUUUGGAAGAUAUGUGAAAAUCGUUAGUGACUUUCAGAAACCCUACAAGGAAACUACACAUUGUGUGACACAAACACUGUGUUAUCUUAUUUGUCACAUAGUACAUCAAUGUUUCUGUGCGGUGGGGUUUUGUGAUUCAUCUGGCAGUAUGCUUAUUGGAAAUUUCCAGCACUUUCCAGCGUAAACCCACUAAUUUCUAGCAGCUUAUGAAUAUCUCAAACUUCUUUAACUUUGCAACACUACAUGCAUCACCACACACAGAUAAACACAGAUGCACUUGCAAAACAAAGGCAGCUCUCAACAGAAUUAUCAGCUUUCUGACAUUCUAAAUUUAAGUUCUCCGUGACAUAAGAGUCUUCACUCAACUGACAGGAUCAUUUGGA